AUGAGCAGUUGGAUUUACAGGUAUGAAUCUGAGUUCUUCCAAUAUGUAGUCCACGGACGUGGUAUAGUGUCUUGGGCAGCCAGUGACCAUAUCCGUGAUGACGGAAAAUGUGAUGAGCUAAUUGGAUUCGUAUUGGCAAGGGUUGUUCUAGCAAAAGAAAGUGAGAUCAUGGAUCUGCUCAACUCUGAUUCCGCAGAAUCAAAAUGGUCAUUAGUCUACAAUUUGACGCUGGGACUGAUGGAUAGUUACAGAAAUCUUGGAAUACCCUCUUCCCUUAUUCUUGAGGUUAUCAAGUAUGCCUCUAGCAUCCCAACUAGUCGAGCUGUUUAUUUGCAUGUGAUAGCUUACAACUUUCCCGCCAUACACCAAUACAAGAAAAUGUCAUUGGGUUUUUAUCUGAUUGAUGGCCAGCAUUAUCAUUCGUACCUGUUUGUUUACUUUGUAAAAGGGUGUCAGUCUCCUUGCUCACCAGUGCAAGUUUCCAAACAGCUAUAUGGGACUGUGAUGCUGUAUUUGCCAUUGGCUGUUUUUUAUUUGGUAAAAGAAAGAAUGCAUGUUAUUCCUCUUAUUCUUCUUUAG